AAUGUUGAGACUGGUAGCCAUGGCUGGCUAAUCUGUUCUCCAUUAAAACCAACACAAACACACACAAAGUGGCAGCCAUCACACCUUGUGACAGUGAGUUCCGCAGUUGUGGGGCAAAGCCAUGAAUCUACCACCCUUCUGGGGAUGUGUCCCCAUCUUCUAGCAGCACAACAUCCCACCAUGUUGUAGUUGUCAGGUGUCUUCAUGGCAACUCUCACUUCUUCUUCGUGGUCUCUGCGAAUCACACAAAUGGGUUUAUUCUGCGCCUGCGCAGCAAUCUUCGGAAACUUCUAGAAUCUCUAGGCAGAAAGCAAUGUAUCUUUCUGCAACUUUUUGGCGGUAAUUCCGCCCACCCAUAUAUAAGGCCCCUGGUGGCCCGCUCCUCUUCAGUUCCUUCAUUCCGCCGCGCUAAGCAGCUCGAGGAACUUCGCUAGCAAUUGCUUGCUCCUGUGUAUUUGAAUCUCUGGCUUUGAGCUUCGGACUUUCACUUGACCAUUCUCUCGGACUUUUCCUCGGCUUGACGACUUUCUCUGAUUUCGGCUUGACUUCGGACUGGUAACAGACUCCUCUUACCAUGGCCUCUUUCAAGCAAUGCACUAAGUGCGGGGUGAAAAUCCCCAGGGCCGAUGACCACGACAAGUGUGUCCUCUGCCUGGGGGAGGCACACAUUCAGGGCAGUUGUGCCCACUGCAAGGCCAUGUCCGCCCAAGCCCUCAAGAAUAGGGACCGGACUCUCAAGGCUGCCCUCUAUGAGAGGGUUCUCAGCCAGCCUGGCGGCUCUGGAGCCUCUGGGGAAGCGGACGCCCCCAAAGCCCCCAAGAGAAAGGGGGAGAAACGCUCCGACCGGGACAAGAAGCGGGCUCGCUCGACCUCCCCGCCGGCCAAGAGCCGCCGCAAGGGGCCCCCAAGCACGGUCUCAGUGCCUCCGCCUGAGUCGAGGCCAGUACCGUCGACAUCGCCUGUUCCUGAGCCGGUGAAGACCCCGACUCCGUCUCUACCGGCCCUCUCCCGUACGGUGCCGCUCGAGCCCAGAGUCCUCCUCACCAGUCACCUCUCUGUACCGGCAGAUAGCCUACAGAUUGUGAACGUGGACUCUGCAUCGGAGGGAGAGCUUCAGGACUCCUAUGCUCCAUUCUCCCCUCAGAGGCCAAGGUCAAGAUCCCCCUCGCCCUCGCCAACCAGACGACCACGCUCUGCCUCACGGGACUGGGCCACGCUAGGUACCGAAGCUGACGAGGCUCUGGCUGCACACCAUCGCCCCCCUGCAGAUCACGAUCGGGACCUCUUCCAGGCGUUCCCAGAUCUCGUCCACGAUCAGCGCACGGGACAGUACCUCAUCCCGGUUGACCCGUCCCGCCUUCGCCGGGACCUCCGUGCUCACCUUCAAGGCCGUCGUCCGGAUGAUGACACCUCCCGCCGGGAUGACCGGGACAACCUCGGGACAUCCGACUCUCUCUUCAGACGGCGGAGCCCAUCCCCCUCGAGGUCCGGCUCGGGCUCUCCUCGUUCCGCAUCUCCCGUCUCGGAUGAGGAUACCCCGUUUGUGCCUCAGGGCCCUUCUGUCCCUUCGCCCACGGAUGACGUCAGGGCCUUUGCCGACAGGGUCAUACAGAUGGCUGACACCCUCAAGCUGGAAGUCGCCCAUCCGGAGGACGAUGCUCUCGACCCGGUGGAAAGGAGGAUCCACAGCUCUGCUCCGGCCCCACCAGCCCUGGCCUACCUCCCGUCCCUGGAGAAGAUCGCCAAGCGCUCUUGGGACGCCCCAGCCACCAUCCCGUCCACUUCGCGCAGGAUCGAGAACCUGUAUCGGGUCACUCCAUCCACCCCGUCCUGGCUGUCGAACCAUCCCAAGCUGAAUUCAGCUAUUGUUGAAGGGGCCCAGUCCACCUUCGCCCCCAAAGCCUCGUCCUCGCCCGUAGACAAGGACAGUAAGAAGCUGGACGCCUUGGCGAAGAAAUUCUACGCUUCGGCUGCUCUAGAUCUCAAGAUCGCGAACUACGCGGCUUGCAUGGGGGCCUACGUCCAGUCCCUGGUGAAGAAGAUGGAUCCCACCAUUGCUGACUUGCCCGAGGACAGGAGGCGUAUGAUGGCGGCUCUCAGGAACGAGAUCCACCUGAUGGCGGGACAGCAGAUCAUCUCUGCCAGGCACUCCACGGAUUGUGCAUCUAAAAUCCUCUCUGGCUCCAUAGCUCUCCGCCGCUAUAUGUGGGUCCGGUCUUCAGAUCUUACCCCUCAGGCAAAGGCGGCUAUUGAAGACAUGCCCUUUGACAACUCGGGCCUCUUCAAUAGGGACACGGACGAGAAGCUUAGCUUCAGGUACCGGAUGAAGACCGCGGCUAGGAAGCACGGAAGGCUACUGGUUCGUGACGCUAGACUUGAAAGAUGCUUACUUUCACAUAGCGAUCCUGGAGGACCACCGCAGGUUCCUCGCCUUCGCUGUUGGAUACCAGGCGUAUCAGUACAAGGUCCUUCCCUUUGGCCUUUCCACAGCUCCAAGAGUCUUCACGAAGUGCAUGGCACCCGUGGUGGCUUACCUACGUCAGAAGGGAAUCACAGUCUUCCCGUACCUGGACGACUGGCUCUUCGCAGCAUCCUCAAAGGACGCCCUGCUCAAGCAGCUGGAUUUUGCCCUAUCCCUGCUACAAGCACUAGGACUACAGGUCAACUUCGACAAGUCCAACCUGACUCCUACCAAGCGAAUAGACUUCAUAGGAUCAACACUGGACUCUGUACAGAUGAGGGCGUACCUUCCAGAGACAAGGUUCCAAGCCCUCUGUGCAUCUCUGCAGCCCUGCCUCCGCCGAAGACGCCUUCAGGCCCGUGCAGUUCAAGUCGCCAUGGGGCACCUGGCCUCCACCACUUUCGUCACACUGUGGGCCAGACUGCGCCUCAGGCCCAUUCAAUCUUGGUUCCUCUCCGUGUUCGACCCCGUCCGAGACACGGCUACCAAGUUGCUCACCAUCCCGAGAAUGGUACAGAGGUCCUUACGAUGGUGGCUCCAAUCCGACAACGUCUGUGUGGGGAUGCCAUUUCUACGCCCUCAGCCAGACCUCUCCCUGACUACGGACGCCUCCCUGCAAGGAUGGGGCGCCCACACAUUGGACCUUACAAUAAAGGACAGACAAGGACGUAGCCAGGAUUUUGGGAAGGGGGGGUCAAGACUAAGUGCCACC